AUGGACCCCACGGUAUCUGUCUCACAAUGGAAGGGUGAGAAGCUGAAAAACAGCUCUCAUUGGCCAGCUUGGUACUCUGCGAUGAAGCAGUUUGCCAAGACUAGGAAAGUAUGGGAUUAUUGCAAUCCUGAGAAACCAGCCCCGGAAGUGCUGGAGGAGCCGCAGGCCCCCGCACGACCGCGGUUACAUAUCCCACGAGGGGCAACUACAGAGGUAGCCAAGACCCUAAGGGAAGAGUUUAAGGAUCGUCAGAUGGAGUAUAGCUACGACCAUGACGAUUACAAAGAGGAGCUCAAAAGGUAUGAGAAGGUGGAAAACGGCCUACAAUCAGUUGAGUUCGUGAUCACUGCGUCAACAGAUACUAAGCUACACCGUCUCAUGGAUGAUCUUGAGACUCCGUACGAGAAGAUUAGCUUUCUCAAGAAGCGCUUCUCACACACAAAGUCUCACCAGAAUGAAGUCCUGCUACGCUGGGCAGAAGGGUGCGUACGACCACCAAAGAAGGGUCAAAACGUACUAUCCUGGCUAGAAGAGUGGGAGCUGAUACGUGAUGAAGCGGUCAACCUAAAAGUGGAGAGUGACACUGCGCAGCAUCCGCAGCUGUUUUUACAUGCUGUAAAGGACAUCCUACCGGUCUGGUGGGAAGCUCGGUUCCAGGAUAUCGUACUAAGAAGUAAUACAAUCGAGAUAAAUGAUCUGAUUGAGUCCUUCCGUACCUCCUAUACUAUGUCGUAUUCCGAGACUACCAAGAAGAAUACCAAUUCUAUAUCCAAAGCAGCAUUUGCCACAUCGACCUGGCAGGGUAAAGCAGAGGCUGAAACCUCUAGAACCGAAAGAAAAGACGGGAAAACUGGACCAUUUCAGGACCGGAGCUACUGCCCUUGUGGCAUGAAACACCCGGUCACCCGGUGCUGGGUGUUGAAUGAAGACCAACGACCGGAUGGGUGGAUGGGCCUACGAAAGGCCUCCGAAGCGCUGAAGAAGUCAUUCAAAAAGGAACCAGAGUGGAAGGUCUGGGCCGAAAACCAGAUCAAGAACUCACCUGACUUGGCAGGAAAACCGUCUGGAUCAGCAAAUUUAGCCCACGUUGGCUUUGCCACAGUCGCCCUAUCAACUGAAGUUGAUACCAAGUACCGAGACCAAUGGGUAUUGGAUACCGGAGCAAGCGUACACGUAUGCAACGACCGGACCAAAUUUACCGAGUAUAAGGAAGACCCCUCGUAUCUCCGUACGGGUGACAAUCGGACCGCAAUUGCUGGAGUCGGUACAGCAACCUUCACCGGAAGGGAUCCUACAACUGGCAGACCGCGUGUGGUUAACCUGUAUAACUGCCGUUAUUCUCCAGAUUUUCACUGCAAUUUGGUUUCCUUAGGCAGGAUAGAGGACCAUGGAGGAUGGUGGGAUAUGAAGCAAGGAAGGAUUAUGAUUGGAGAUCAACCUAUUCUUGAGACCUACCGAGAACAUGAUAUUUAUCUGUUCUCACAGACGCGGGAUGAACGUACAGUUUUUCGGCCGAAAACAGAGGGUCGUACGACUACGAUCAAGACCCAAAACAACACCCAGCAUAAAACUGCACUUGCUACCCGACGAUCAGAGAAACCGUUGAAAUCGUCUGCCAAUACUAAUACGUGGCAUAAACGACUUGGCCAUGUCUCGAAGGCAGCAAUUUAG